AGACCGCCAACCGACUUUUAAUCAUUUCAACCGCCAUCUAUGAUAUGAAACUAGUCUGCAAACGUCAAUAAUUCGCCGGCUGAAAAUAUUUAUAUACGAAGAGUAAUCCCUGCGUCGUGUUUUCUCGAAGGUGAAAAGGAACACAAUUGAUUAUACGGAAGGUGUAUAAGUAACACUUCACGGAUAGGCGUUCCAAAGUCGUGGAAAGUACCGAAAAUGGACAGUCGAUGCUUCCAAAAUCCUUAUCCCGACUAUGGUGGCGAAGGAGUGAAUGUGGACAAGCAAUACAUUCUGUCACUCAUUAAAUAUUAUGUAAACGCGAUUCUGAAGAACACCAAAGUCAAUGACGAUGAACGUGGGGAUCUAUACGUAGGAAAUGCAGGCAUAGCCUACAUGUUUUUGAAAAUGGUACAAUCACCCGAAGUUAGCCAGCUCUAUCCCGCAUUGGACUAUGCCCUGAGUUACAUAAAUCACGCGAAAUCGAAUGCUUUGCAGUACAAAAAACGUGCAGACGAACGAUGCGCUUUUCUAUGCGGUAAUGCCGGUAUCUACGCCGUGUCAGCAGUAAUUUCAAAUGCAUCUGGUCAUCGAGAUACUCUCGAAGAAGAUUUGAAAAAUUUCAAAACAGGUUUCGAAGCAUGUCGCCCAAUGACGUUUUCGAAAUAUGGAUCAGACGAAGUUCUGGUGGGUCGGGCUGGAUUUUUGAGUGGAUGCUACUGGUUGAAUCAGCAGUUAGGGCCCUCCGUAAUACCGGAAGAUGCGAUCCUCGAUAUUUGCAGUUCCAUGCUUUACAGUGGACGGGAAUACGCGGAUAAGACGAAAGCUCCUUUACCUUUAAUGUAUCAGUAUCAUGGUACUGAAUAUUUAGGAGCAGCACACGGACUAUGCGCUAUUUUACACAUGAUGCUGAAUAGCGCAUGGUUUAAACCAGGAGCAGAUAUAUCGAAGACAAAAUACUCGGACAUCCGACGGUCUAUAGAUUUCUAUUUAUCCUUGCAAGAUAAAGAUGGCAAUUUCCCAGUGGCGUUGGAAGACUUACAAACAGGUCGUGCAAAGCGUUUGGUCCACUGGUGUCACGGGGCUCCUGGAGCUGUUUAUUUACUUGCCAAAGCUUAUUUAGUUUUUCAAGAAGAAAAAUAUCUGGAUGCCCUUCGCAAGGCGACAGACUUGAUUUGGAAAAAAGGAUUACUACGCAAAGGACCGGGAAUUUGUCACGGAGUAGCAGGGAAUGGAUAUGCUUUCUUAUUGAUGUAUCGACUUACAGGAGAAGAGAGAUACCUUUAUCGGGCACUAAAAUUCAUGGAAUUUUUAACAAGAGAUGAGUUCAAGACAGAAGCACGCACACCUGAUCGUCCGUACAGUCUUUAUGAAGGUGUCGCUGGCACGGUGUGUUAUUUGAUUGACUUGUUAAAUCCGAAUAGUGCGAGCUUUCCAUUUAUGGAAGUAUUCAUAUAAAUUAAUGGCGUAUAUUGAUAUCUCAUGUAUUUUUAAGAUGUUUAGAAAUAAAAUAUUAUUUGAAUGACAAUUGA